GCAGUCAGCCAAACGGCAGCCUGAACAUACACACAGCCAGCACCACGCACACACUAAGAGUGAGGACGUAGGAAGAGAGAGAGAGAGAGAGUUACGAGAGAGAAGCAGAGAAAUCCUCGGCCAGUCCUUCCACUCUCAGUCUCCUGGUUGAUUUGCAUCCCUGAUAUGACCCUGUUCAGCCCAAGAUACAUGAGCAUGAGUGGAGAUUUGAAGUCAAGCCGCUCUAGGGCAGCCAGUAAGAGGACCAGCAACACCGCCGCUUAUGGAUCUGAGUUGGACCUGGACUAUGACAGCUAUCACGAGGACUACUAUGACAGGGUGUACGACUACCAGCGUGUUCCAGCAUCCCUCUCUCCUCUACCCCUGGGACCCAGUCUGGCCAAGCGAUCCCGUUCCUCCUCUUACUCCUCUGGGCACAGACGUAGUCGAGACAGAACCCAUUCCAAAAGCUCCAGAGCUCACUCCACUAAUUCAACCACAGCCAAGUUGGGGAUGGAGGAGUUGCAGGUGAUUAAAAAGGAGCUGACUCUGAUAAAGACACAGGUCGAUGGGCUGCUUGACAGCCUUGACAGGAUGGACACACAGAGGAGUGACCACAAAGGGUCUCCCCUGAGAGAGGACAGUCCAGCUGGCUCACCGUACGCCGUGUCAGCCAGCAGCCCAGAGCAAUCCCUCUCCUCUCUCUCCCCUCCCAGUUCCCGCCAUCGAAUCCACAGGGAGAGCCCUGGCCUGAGGGAGCCUGAUGAUGACCACCACACGAUGAGCAACCACAGCUCUGACCCUGAGGAGGAAAUAUAAGGGAGGCGUAUGAGGAAACGUAGGAGACGUGGAUGAAGUGCCAAACAUGGAGGAAGAGAACAUAAACCAUCAAGCUGACACCCACGUCGGGUCCACAUAUCUGAUAGCGUAAUGCACCACAUUGAAUUGAAGCAUUUUUGUUUCCAUGACUCAGAAACACAGACACCGUUGACUCACACCCAACAUACCAAGUGCACAUGCACAUUUAAUUGACGAGAGCUGGCUGUAGGCUGACCUGAGAGUCUGAAUGAUCCUAUCUAGAAAGUAAUUAUAAAGGACAGCUGGAGGCUGGAGGUGAAUUUAACCUACCUACUUGAAGUUAACCUCAUCUGUGGUGUCAGUGGAUUUGCAUGAACACAAGUACUUGAGAACUACUAAGGUAUUCGUUGGUACUAAGUGAGAGAAUACACUUCACUGAUUUAAGUAUUUACUAAACAGAUUAACUUUCCUGCUGAACACAGACGGUUUAUGACACACAAAAUAUACACACACAUUGCUAAUUUACAGUUUACAUAGUGGUGAUCUUGGUGUUUAUGCCAUCUCAGUGUUUUCUGUAAAGAAAGAAUGAGCAGUUAUACAACAUUAACAGAAAAUCUAAGUCUUCUCUUUCUUGUUCUGAAACCACUUUCAAUUAGACAACGCCCAAACAACAUGGAACCAGAAAAAUCAUGGACACAUUGGCUGUAAGGAACUAACAGAUAUUUUGUUGCACCUUUUCUCUAUCGUGUAUCUCUAACAUAUCAAAAUGAAGCUGUAUAAUCCUUAAGGAGGUGAAGUGUCUGUUUUCUGUUUGUGUUAGUAUAUAAUUAUCUGAAGCUCAGAACGACAUGUUAUACCCUGUCACGCCUUUCAGAAACACAAGUACUUUCUCUGCUUUAAGUGUAUUGGAGAAAUCUUCGGACUCUCUUCCGCUAUGUUUUUGGCACUUUAAGAUGUGCAAAGGCCCAGGUCAGUGUGUAAUAUUGUGUAUUAUUGUAUACUUUACUGUAAUUGUUUAGCCGUCUGAUUUUAACCUUGCUUUAGGACUUCUCAUGUGUUUUUCUUUUUUGUUUUUAAAAAGACAAUAAUGAUGAUGUUAUUAUACUUCCUAUGGUGUUACAUGUUUUUGUUUGCAAGAUAAGCCAAGUGGAAAUACUCAUUGUCACAGUAGUAAAAGUAUUUUCAUAUUGAGUAUAAA